ACUGACUAUUGAGACAAGUGAGACAACACCAUAUCUCGUACGUACGUCAUUCGUGAUAAUUGAUAAGCUUGGUACUUGUUGAUUUGAUAAAAAAUCAUUUUGAUCAAUAGCAAAACAAAACCUUCGGUGUGCGCUUACAAAUUAAAAAUGUAUUUUUUUAUGUUUAGUAUAUCGAAUUUUGUGUUUGUUGUAUUAUUAUGUGCCAUAAAUUGCAUUUGCGGACGAAUGUUUGCCGAUGAAGGUCUUUAUCCUGCUGGAUAUUACGACAGUCAGCAGGUUCAGUACGACAGAAUUAAAAAUGCCCUCACGAAGUUGGAACAUGCACCUCAAUGGGUUAAUGAUUGGCCAAAUCCUUCUAUAAAAAUGGGCCAAGUGUCUGGUCUCGCCAUAGACAACAUGGGCCGACUGCUGGUGUUUCAUAGAGCCCGAAAUGUGUGGGAUGAGAAUACUUUUAACGAUAGAGAAGUGUACCAAGGCAUUGGUGAUGACCCAAUACCAGACCCCACUAUAUUAGUGCUUAAUGAUACCGGAGAACUUGUCGACAUGUGGGGACAAAAUCUGUUCUUCAUUCCCCAUGGCAUAACAGUAGACAAUGAGGGCAAUGUCUGGGUGACAGACGUAGCCAUGCACCAGGUAUUCAAGUUCACUCCUGACCAGAGGCAAAAGCCGGCGUUGGUGUUGGGUGAAAAAUUUGUCCCAGGUAACACAGACACUCGCUUCUGCAAGCCGAGCGCAGUGGCCGUGCUGUCCAAUGGCGACUUCUUCGUGGCGGAUGGCUACUGCAACCACAGGGUCAUCAAGUUCUCACCAGACGGAACCAUCUUACUUCAGUGGGGAACCGCGCACGGCACCUCGCCGUACGUGUUCAACGUGGUUCACGCGCUCACGCUGGCGGAGGACCGCGGGCUGGUGUGCGUCGCGGACCGCGAGCACGGCCGCGUGGCCUGCUACCGACACGACAACGGCACCUUCCACUCCAGCUUCAGCAACUGGCUCAUAGGCGGCAGGGUCUUCAGUGUUGCUUAUGCUCCUGUACAUGGUGGUCGCCUGUACAUAGUGAACGGUCCAGAAUCUCAGAUCCUGCCGGUGCGCGGCUACGUCAUCGACUUCACCUCAGGCCGCCUCAUCCAGACCUUCGCUCCUGACGGCGGCCUCAAGAACCCCCACGAUGUGGUCACCUCCCCAGACGGCUCGAAAGUUUAUGUCGCAGAAAUUAACCCCUUCACGGUGCACAAGUUCGUUGAUGAAGGGUUAAGGAAUGAGAGUCUGCUUGAUAAAGUGGAGAAGAACGAGACGGCCACGUCAGCAACUCAUGUGAAGCCUACUGCGACUGUCGAGGUGGUGGGUAGAGCGGGCGGGGCGGAGGGCGCGGGCGCGGGCGCGGGGGGCGCGUGGCAGCGCUGGAGCGGCGCGCUGGGGGGGGCCGCGGGCGCCGCCGCCGCCGCGCUGCUGGCCGCCGCCGCGCUGGCGCUGCGCAGCGCGCGCAACAACGGUAAGGGCCGCGAGGCCGAGCCGCUCGUGCACUAGCCACACCACACAUACACAUACAUACGGAAAACGACGUGCAUAGAAGUUUUUUUGGGGUGGAUAGAAUAUUUUUAUUUAAGUAUUUUACUGUAUGAAAAUAUUCAUGCAGCCCCGUAAAAACACUAUUUUCUAUUCACCCCGUUUUACCUAAACACAUAAACAUACCUACCUUAAAAACUAUGUACUUAUUUACAUACAAAAUUAUAUUCAAGACACUUCAAAAAGUGCGGACCAAGACAGACCACUUUUGUCAGACCUAAUGCUCGCUACUACAAGCCCUUUGUUUUGAGUAACACACGAUUAAUUUUCAACGACCAGCCAUUUUUAUUCAAAUAUAUCUGAAUCAAUUAUUAGGUCGAGCUACGCGCAAAAUCUAUUAUUAUUUAUCCGUAAGAAAGUUACACAUAAAAUAUAGACAAACUGUCUAGUAAUCCUCUAGGUGAAAGUCUUGCCCAGUUUUGGAAACGAUUAUUUAUUAUUUUUCACCUAAACUCGCUGACUAUGACAUUAGAAGAUCAUUUCGCGGAGAGUAUAGUUACCGGCACGGAACUUGAGCGCUGACCUUCACCUACGCAGAAGUAUUUUUUUGGGUCCCUUUUGCGGUAUGAAGUGAGGCGCGGGGCGGACUAAAGUGCAGUGACUGGCCCGCAGCGCAUCGCGUCAUAGCCGUCACUCGUGAUUUGUUCUUUGAUGCAGUUGCAUGCACCUCAAGACGUCUCACGAUUGGCGUUUUAUUUUAUCAUGAGUGUACGAUGUGCAAAGCCAUCUCCACUCUUCCGCCGAGCACUCAAGAUCCGUGCCGGUAACUCUAACUUACGGCAUAUUCUUUGAUACGGUACCGUUGCACCAUUCAUAUGUUGCAAAUGACCUGCGACGAAUUUGCUAUUUGCCGUAAUCAUGUUUUUUGCAUCGAACGACAGCAAAGUAUAUUUACAAACAUUCCUUAAGAGAACUGAGUACUAAAAGUUAUAUAAUAUAUUUAUUUAUCUAUCCUAGCUAUAGCAUUGUUUUUUUUAUUUACAUAAUGUUUCAAAUUGUUUGAAACAUGCUUAUUAUGGGAUGAGAUUAUUCUAAUACUUUAACUUAUGUAAGUUUUCACAUACUACCGAAACAAAGAACUUUAACUAUUUUUUUAUUGUUGGACUUUGAAAAAUAAUAAUAUACACAUUUAACACUCAAAAGAUGCCUAAUUAUGUUUAAGACUACCUCAAAUAAUACAUAGUAUUGAUUGAGUUGUUUAAGAGAUUUGAAUUAUUUGCCAUUAGGUAAUUAAAUUAAAUAUUUUAGGUAACAAAUGAAAAAGAAAUACCUAAGAAAAAUAAUUAGGGAAAUUUUAAUAAAUUUAUAUUUCCAUAUAAAAAAAAAAAUUAUUCCCUUGCGAUAACAGUAUUAACCUAUUAAGAACAUUUCCCUUUUCCAGAAUUGAUUAUGAUUUUUUUUACACUUUUUAUUACCAUGACCAAAAUCACAGCGCAUUUUUGUUACACCUAUAUUUAAAGCACGUCGUGUCACCUGUAAUAGAAGUUUUUUUUUUAAUAUUUCACCAACAUGUUUUUGGGCAUUUAUACAACGAUUGUUAUUUUUUUAUAUCACCUACACACCGAUUGGAUAGGUACUUAAAAAAAGAUUAAUAAAAGUCUGGCAAUAGAAAAUCUGAAUCUUGUUGUUUUUUUGUAAAUAAGUGAACAACUGAUUUAUUUGAGUGGAUAAAUCAUUCAGACGGUUUUUAUUUUUAAACUGAGUUUUAAGACCGAGAUACACCAUGAUUCAUUAUCUGUUUUUUGUACGUAAUCAAAUGAAAUAUAGCUAUACUUACAAACAUAUUGUUCGGGCAAUUAAUUAACGCUGGUACAAAUAUAAUAUAUUAGAAGUUAUAUUAUGUUCCUUGCAAAUGAUCUCUGAUCUUUAAUAUGCCUAAGGAAAAAGAAAACUCGAAUCCUAAUUUUGGAUAAUUAAUAAAGAUAUUAUUAUCUUAUUUUUAUCUAACAUUUAUGAGUACUGUGAUAAUUGAGGUCUUUUUAAUAUAUAUAUUGUUUGUUUUUAUUGAGAUUUAAGUUUACCACUUUUUACUGGUAUGUAGAGAUAGGCCACAAAGUAAUUAAAAAAAUGAUUGUUUUUUUCAACUUUAAUUUAAUUUUAUUAUUUAUAACACAAUUUGAAGAUCUGAUGUAAUUAUUUUUUACAUUUAAAUAGUCAUGUUUCAAUCACAAUCUCUUUUAUUGUUAUUUAAUAUCUGUAGCUAGAAAUCAAUAUUUCUUUUUUAUUUUUGUUUUACUUUUAAGUUUAAGUUACCCACCUUUGGGAGGUAAGGUUGUAACGCUAAUGUUAUACUCAAUAUCUUAUUUGACCUUUGCUUACGAAAAUUCGAACCUUGUAAUGAAAGGUCACCAAUACAUUGAAAUAGCGCUUCCUACUUGAAUGACAAAUAAGUUGUCAAAAUGUACAAACAUUUUUGCACUUAAAGACUAUUACUUAUUUCUUAGAGAAAGUUCUCUCGUUUUUAUUGUAUAAUUACGUAAGCGUUACCAACCGUCGCUGCUGGGGAUUUGUAUUUUUAUUCAUAACCUUAUCAUUCCAAAAUGAUUGGCUUUAUUAGCAAUCAAACUCAGCAGCGCGAGCGUUAAAACAAUUCGUUCUGCUGUAUCUCAUUAUUACUUUCUGUUAUUUCUUUUACAAUAAAUCGGCGCAUAUUUGCCAACUGAGAAAAUGAUUAUAUAAUUAAAUUUUUUUUUUUCUUAGUUCCAUAAAACGAACUAACGAGCACUGAAUUGUGUACCUUAUUUUUAAGGAACAAGUUUCAAAUUGCAUUGAUGAUAGAAUUUAGUCUUCCUUUACCAGUAUCAAGUAUGCGCUGUUUGUUUUUACGCUUGUAAAAGUAUUGUGUUUGUGAAAACUAGAGUAGUGUAAGAAUAUCUGUUAAAUAUAUUUAUUGGAAGCAGC